GGCCGUACGAUGAGGCCGGCGGCAUAAAAACCCUAGUCCUCGGUCGCCCUCCGGCAUGGCCACCGCCACCACCUACGCUCUCCGCCUUACCCCGCCCCCACCACCACUGCGGCACCACGCUCCGCUCCUUCCGCAGCUCCGCCGCCGCACGGCCGCUAAGGUGGCUGCUAGCUGGGUCCCAGCCGCCGGUGACAACUCGGACGACGGGGUUGGUGGCUGGUGGCUCCCAGAGCAGCCGGUGGAACAGGGGAGGGCAGGGUUCGGGAGAGCUCUCGCGGUCGGGUUGGGGGCCACGGCGGCCAUCGCGUUGGCCGGGAUCACGUGGGGCUCGCCAUCCUCUAGGAAGUGCCUAGAGCAACUUGUUGGGGCUCCACUUCAUUAUGUUCAAGAGAGGCUGUCAAUACCAGAGUCAACAGAUGUUCCGGAAGAUGAUGCAAGCGUCAGAGAGCCGGGUACAACUGACGUUUCGAGGAUAACUGUUGAUGAGACAUCUGAUGCAUCAUCUGUUGAUUCAAACGGGAAUCACAUACCAGCUGGUGGUGGCCGUGUUUCUUUUACAGUUCCUGUAGAUCCCAUGCACGAGGAGGCUUUGUCCAUAUUGAAGAAGCUACAGAUAAUUGAGAAAGAUGCUAGCUCCAGUGAAUUUUGUACCCGGAGAGAAUUUGCAAGAUGGUUUGUUAAAUUAUGCUCAAAGUUAGAGAGGGAAAGGAUGCACAGGAUCAUACCAGAUCUAAUAACUUCUGGUUCUUUCGAAAGUGCAUUCGAUGAUCUAAAUUUCGAUGACCCAGAUUUCUUGUAUAUCCAGUCUUUGGGAGAAUCUGGCAUUGUGCCUAGCAAGUUAUCAAGCUUCUUUGGCAACAGAAAUUCCAACUUCCUACCUGAAAGUUAUCUGUCAAGGUUUGACCUUGUUAACUGGAAGGUACUAGUGGAGUAUCCCUUUGCAUCAGAAUUAGACCAAAAGAUGCUGAGUAAAAAUGAUCAUACUUUGGAUUUGAGCGCUUGGCCAGAUGUAUCAGCAUCCGUACUUACGGACUUGUUUGGUCACAACCACAGCAUCAUCAGCAAAGUUUUUGGAAACACCAGGCGCCUUCAACAUCAUAAGCCUGUAACAAAAGCACAAGCGGCCGCUGCACUGACCAGUGGCCGAAUGGAAGAAGUAAUACACGAUGAAUUAAACAGACUUGAAGCAGAAAACCAGUCCCGACGUUCUGUUAUGGGUGAAGUAAUGGAAGAGUUAAUUAAUAGAGGGGAUAUAAAAAAAUAUUGGGAAGUCAAGAUGAAAAAAGAGCAAGAUCGUGAAUUUGAAGUUGAUAAGCAUCUUCAAGGUGUGUUGCAUGAGCUUGCAAAUGAGAAGACAGAUCGAGAAAAGCAAAUUGCAGUCUUGCUAAAAGAAAGAACAGCUUUAGAGUGUCAGAAUCAGGAACUGGCAACUUUAAGGUCAGAAGUUGAUGGCAUGUAUGAUAGACUAGCCACGGAGAGUCUAGAGGUCAUGGCUGAUGAAGAAAACAUAGAAAAAUUGUCCUCUGAUGUGAGCAGCAAGCAUCAAGCUGUCACCGAAGCUAAAUCGUUUCUUGAAGCUGAGAAGGAAGCUCUGACUAUGCUAAGGUCCUGGGUGGAACAGGAAGCAGAGCGCGUGCAUCAGCGUGCCGAGGUACUUGAGAAGGCUGUGAGAAGAUGGAGAGUACCAGCUGAUUGAGCCUGCAAAUUGACCAUGCAGCAGACAUGUAUCUGGUACUGUACAAGUUACAGCUUGAUGUAAAUUUUUUGUGUUCGAUGUCGUCAACGCCUCUGCUGUCAGCUAUAAAUAACUUCCCUGGGUAGUAUGUAACUUCAGUACCUGCCAGAUCCUCCGAUCAUGGUUUAUUUCUUUUCUGUUUAUCAGUGAAUUUUGUUUAUGUUUCA